AUUCGCAGAUUCAGAAUAAAUCAUGAAUGAUUCGGAUUCUGAAUACGAGGAGAGCGAAUACUUGGUUUUUGCGGAUUUCAAAAACCAAUUACCACCUCACACGCUUAAGCACGAGGAUGCUGCCAUUAAAAUUAUAGGAGUGGAAAGCGACAACCCCAUGGCCGAGGUAAAUGGCAGCAUUUUCAAAGGCACCUACGAGCACUCCACAGGGACAAAUGUGUUUUUCGAAAAAGACAUGGAUCGUUCGCCGGCUGACCCGCUAUUCGAGGCAGCCUGUCGACAGAAGUACCAAUACCUAGACAAGUCAGACAAGGUAAUUUCCUUUGAGCGCGCUUAUAUAGAGCACUUGCCGCCAGAACCUGACAAAUCAACAGUGGUGCCAGAUACAAUUACUGAAGACACAGACACGCCGCAGACAACAAAGCUGAAUAUCACCUAUAAGGACGCAAUAAAUAAGUUUGGAGAGGAGAAUUAACUUUGCACCAUGGAAAGUUAUCUCGAGACGCUGGAGAGAUCUAUACACUUACGCUAUUUUUAAAUCGAUUACCAAGACAACUUGCGAAACAAAUACCUCGCCGACGAUUGUGGAUAUGGACAAAAGUUACUUAUUUGAUUUGAUUUCAUCGCCAGACAAAAACAGUAUCCAUAUCUAAGAGCCCGGCAUACAUAGCCCCGCAUAAAAGAAUGAACUUACAAAGUCCAUUAAUUGCUGGGGAAUUUGACUAUCUAGGCAAUCCCAAUAAAUAUCACUAACCGUCCGUCA